UUGCUCUAAAGGCGCAUGAGAUGCGUGCGUCCGCGGUGACUGCUGAGACCCCCCCACCCCCUUCUGGCUGACGUUGUAUGAAUGACUUUCCCGCAUGUGCAGGCACAGGAGAGGCGACGAUAAGAGGUUGAAAGCAGAAGGAGCGUUCAGAUCUUAUUUCUUUAACUUUAGAAGACCCCUGAUUUUUAUUUUUUUAUUUUUUGCUGGCAUUCUGGAUGCGCGGUUGCGGCGUUUUCCCUCCCACCCCUCUCUGCUGACAGAGAGACCACUUGUGCCGCCGUCACAACUGUGCCAAGAGACAGGGAGUCUUUGAAAGGAACCGAAGCGGACCCGAGCAGCAUAUAAAUCAGCGUCCCGGAGUGCGUCUGACUGCUGGCACCGGUGAUUAAAGGCAUUGUGGCCAAAGAACCGAGCGGAGAGGAAUGGGACUUUUUCACGUUUGAAAAGCGGAGGACAGCAACUGUGAGGGGAGAGCGGAUGUAAAAGCCCGUUAUUCCUCGGGUGCGCACCGGAGAGGAGGCGCAGGACACGCAGCAUCCAUCCAUCCAUAGGCACUUUGUGAUUAUUUUUGAUGUAUUUAUUUUCUAUCCCUGCGCUGCUUAUGUGAAGGGAAAAAGGGGGGCAUUUCGAAAUAGGAGAAUUUGCCGAACAAACUACCCAUCGGUGAAACCAUGUACAUCAGGGUGUUGUUUUUACUUGUUUUUUCUGCAGUAUUUUUCACUGAGCUUCGCUGCGCCCCGCCGAGGACCACAGCUGGCAUGGAUAUUCCUCCCGCCAGCUUCACCGGCUCAGGCGGCAGCAACAGUGGUGAAAUCGGUACCAAGAGAGAUUCCAACCAAACCAUAAUGUCCAGAAACAAGAGAAGAACCCUGGCCGUGGAUUUCGCCGUGCCUUCGCUGCUGCGAUAUUAUUUGGCGGAGUUCAUUAAGAGACCCCUAAACGGCGACUGCCAGAGUUUCAACGGCUGCUACACAGUGCGCGCAAACUUAAAAAUGCACUGCAUUCCUCUGCAGAAAACCAUUGCCACUUUUGUAGAGCCGAAAUCUGCUACAGAAACGGGAAACAGGUCCGCUGCUGGACAGCUCCCCUUCUUCUACAAGCGGCCGCUGUCCAAAGUUCUGAAUAUGGGUUUAACCAAGGCGAACAGGAAAUCCAACCAAGUGGUGGUUGAAAUAGGAGAGGAUCUGGUAAAGAAUGGAUGCGGGGGGCUGGCGGUAUAUGAAGAGGACCCUGUGCUUCUGUUGGAGGUGGACCUCAGGGAGAUCCUGGACUGGUGGCUUGGAGCGGAUGGGGGCCGCCUUAGGGUUCGGCUCAUGCCCGAGAAAAAGGCGCAGGUGCCUGGGAUAGAGGAUCGUUACACAGCCGCCAUCCGAGCUGCAGAUCCCCGUCUGUACCUCCAGAUCUCAUCUGGGGGUGAAUCUGUUGACAGCAGGAGCACUGGUGGGAUUCCCCGAGGGUACUGGAGCUUUUCUUGGGUAGCCGAGGAUGACCUAAGUUUUCCAAAUGACACCGCAACCAAGUCAGGUCAGCGAUGCCUUGGUGGCAGCAGAACAUGCGGCAUCCACUUUGGGGAUGCUCCAGAAUUUACAUGGAGCAUUGUGGCAGCAGGGGACCAAAGAGGGGGAAGGAAUGGAAAAAGUGAAAGGAAAGAAAAGACAGAAAGUCCACAUGGUUGGGAGGAAGGUAAGAAUGAAGGUCAGUUUCUCUGGGUUAAUAGUUCAGCCUAUGGAGGCCCCUGGGUGUUGAGCCCCUGGCUGUGGGGAGGUGAAGGGCCAUGCAGCCUGGACAUGGCUGUGUUUUUCCACCCCAGACAAAGUGGACAGUACACCGUCUGGGUCAUAGAGAGAGACAAGCCACCUGUUGCCUUCUUCUCUACUGACACGCUGCCGCGCAUCACAGGCUGGGCAGUGGUCCACCUCACCAUGGGAACGAGUGGAGGAUCACCUUUUCGGAUCUCAACCAGCUACGACCAGCGAAUCCCUCAUGAUGAUACUGCUACCAUUGAACCUCACUUCACCACCAAUUGCACCAUGACUUCCUCACUUGGCCCAAACAUCACCCUGGAGGGACAGUACCACUGUUACCAGGGCCCAGCAAUCCCUCUGGACAAACUCUGUGACUUCAGUGCAGACUGUCCACGCAGAGACGAUGAAGGAAACCUCUGCCGGCGCUUUCUUAAUGGUAGCUACUGCUCUUUUGAAGAGGGCGAUUGCAGCUGGCAGUCAGUUCCAGGCCGCAGUCUUUCCUGGAGAAGAUCUCCAUUCAAAGGAAGCAGACAGAGCUGCCCCUCAUCAGGGGCAACAUUCACAACUGAGAGAAGCCAGUCCAAAGGUCAGCGUAGCUCAGCGCUGCUGAAGAGUCCACUCUUCCCUCCUCCUCUGAGAAACUCUCCCUGCACGGUGAGGUUCUGGUUCUGCUCUGGAGGCUCACAGAGGGAUUCAUUAUCCCUGUGGAUAGUGGAGAACACCACAGGCCCAGACGAGCAGCGCAGGCUGUGGCACUCAGCCAGCGAGCCCCGAUCCGAAAGAGGCUGGAGGCUCAUCACACUUCCUCUUUACGGGCUGGCAGACUGGUUUUGGCUCCAGUUCAGUGCAGAAGAUGGAGCUGGACCCGGUUCAGCCAGCUCCAUCGACAACAUCUCUUUCAGCAUGGACUGUUUCCUGGCAUCCAAUGGGGAGUUUCCACCGGUGGCCACCAGUAUAACUCAGCUCCCAUUAAGACCUACCGACAAGACUCCUUUGCCUUCCAUCAAAAGCCCUCCUAUGAACCAUGACACAAUUGUUGACACUGAACCCAAGAAAUGGAUUUUUCACACCUGUGGGGCUGUGGGUCCUGAGGGCCCGACUCCCACUCAGUGCCUCAACUCCUACAGAAGCAGCAACAUCAACGUGACGGUCGGCACCCACGGGCCUUUCAAAGGCAUUCAAAUGUGGCGGGUCCCUGAAACUGGCACCUACAGGAUCACCGCCUACGGUGCAGCUGGUGGGCGAAGCGUGAUGGCCAUGAGCAGAUCACAUGGUGUAUAUAUAACGGGAGACUUUCAGCUCAGGAGAGGGGAGCUACUUUAUAUCCUGGUGGGACAACAAGGAGAGGAUGCCUGCCCCAAUUCCAACAUCAUGCUGAAUAAGAUCUGCUUGGAGCAGAGUGGCCCUAUGGUGAACAGAACCCAAGUGAAAGGAGGUGGAGGAGGAGGCGGUGGAGCAACAUAUGUGUUCAAGGUGGACAGAGCAGUUUACAUCCCUCUCAUCAUCGCUGCUGGCGGAGGCGGCCGCGGCUACAACAGCCAAUCAGAAACCCAGCUGGAGCAGAUGGACUAUGACCCCAGCAUACCGGGACGCAAUGGGAAAUCUCACGCUUCAGGUGGAGGCGGAGGUUGGAAUGACAGUACUCCGAUCAGCAAGGGUGGCCGACCCCUGGUGUUGGGGGGCCAGGGAGGGCAGGCCUGUCAGAAGUUCUGGCAGACCCGCGGUGGCUUUGGGGGCGGAGGAGGUGGAUGUGUGUCAGGAGGUGGCGGCGGAGGCUACAGAGGAGGGAACACAUCGCUAGAUGAUGACCCCAGAGCCGAUGGGGAUGACGGGACAUCGUUCUUUGGUCCAGAUGGAGAGCCAUAUGUUUAUCCUCUGAAAGCCAUGGAGGGAGAUGGAGAAGUCAUCAUUAGCCCUGUUCAGAACUGCAGCCACUGUAAAAGCGGUGAAUGCCAUGAGAACAGCGAUGGCAUCAUCUGUUACUGCGAUGAAGACCUCGUCCUGGCCAAAGACGGAGUGUCCUGUAUUAACGCCUCAGAGGCGUCCCCGCUGUCUCCACAGCCGUCUCUUUCCCACCUGGCCUUGGGUCUGUCUGUGGGCACGUCAGCACUCAUCGCCGCCCUGCUGCUGGCUGUUUCUGGAGUCAUGAUAAUGUACAGGCGUAAACACACGGAGCUGCAGUCCAUUCAGCUGGAGCUGCAGAGUCCAGACUGUAAACUCAGCAAGCUGCGAGCCUCCACCAUCAUGACGGACUACAACCCCAACUACUGCUUCGCAGGGAAGACGGCAACAGUCAGCGACUUGAAGGAGGUGCCACGGCGCAACAUUUCCCUCACUAGGGGUCUGGGUCAUGGUGCAUUUGGGGAGGUCUAUGAAGGUCUGGCAGUAGGAAUACCAGGUGAACCGAGCCCACUGCAGGUGGCUGUAAAGACGCUUCCUGAGGUUUGCUCUGAGCAAGAUGAGCUGGACUUCCUGAUGGAGGCUUUGAUUAUCAGUAAAUUCAACCACCAGAACAUUGUGCGCUGCGUCGGAGUGAGUCUGCAGGCCAUGCCCCGGUUCAUCCUGCUGGAGCUGAUGACUGGAGGAGACCUCAAGAGUUUCCUGAGGGAGACCAGACCCCGGCUGGACCAGCCGUCCAGUUUGACCAUGAUAGACCUUCUCAACGUGGCCAGAGACAUAGCUAAGGGCUGCCAGUAUCUGGAGGAGAACCAGUUUAUACACAGGGACAUUGCAGCUCGGAACUGUCUUUUGACCUGCAAAGGACCGGGACGUGUGGCCAAGAUCGGAGACUUCGGGAUGGCUCGGGACAUUUACAGGGCGAGCUAUUACAGAAAGGGUGGACGAGCCAUGUUACCAGUGAAAUGGAUGCCACCUGAGGCCUUCAUGGAGGGCAUCUUCACUUCUAAAACGGACACAUGGUCAUUUGGUGUGCUGCUGUGGGAGAUCUUCUCUUUGGGCUACAUGCCAUAUCCAAGUCGCAGCAACCAGGAAGUCUUGGAGUUUGUUACCAAUGGUGGGAGAAUGGACCCGCCUAAAAACUGUCCUGGGCCAGUGUACCGGAUUAUGACCCAGAGCUGGCAGCAUCAGCCUGAAGAUAGACCGAACUUCUCUACUAUUCUGGAGAGACUUGACUACUGCUUACAGGACCCUGAUGUUGUGACCAUGACUCUGCCUAUUGAGUAUGGGCCCAUUCCUGAGGAGGAGGAGCAAGCUGCAACGCACCCCGAGGAACCCCCGGUUCUGCUGAAUGCACAGGUGCCUGAUGGAGAACCUUUGCAACAGCAGCAGCCCCCAUCCUACCCAGCAGAGGACCGGAGAGGAGGGGAGCAUACGGCUUUACCCGGGGCACCACCGCAGGCUAAAGUGCAGGCAUCUGUUCCGUCUCAGGCUUGCAUUCACCAGCCUCAAAUGCAGACCUCUGUGACGACAACUAACUCAGUCGCCGCUGCAGCUCCGUCGUCUCUCACUGCCAAGGGACCUCAUGCUACAGCCCAGCCAAGCUCAGAGGGGGGGCACAUUAACCUGGCUUUCACCCAGGGUCACCAACAGGAGAAGGACGCCCACGGUGGAAAAAACACCAGUCUGUGGAAUCCCACCUACGGCUCCUGGUUCCUGCAGCAGCAAAGGAAGCAGCAGCAGAGGCAGGGAGGGGUGGGAGGGCCUGGGGGCAGCGUGGGCAGGGUGCCCGGCGAGGGGCAGGAGCACGUGGGCCGGACAGUGGCCGAAGUGGCGGGCUCACUGGGUCUCCAGCACCAGCACAAGCAGUUUCAGCAUCACCUGCAGCAGCAACACCAACUACAGCUGCUGCACCAUCAACAGCAGCAGCAGCAGCAGGGUCUCUGCAGGCCGCUGCUGCCUCCCCCACCCCCUCCUGCUGCCCAGUCACCUCUGCUCCUAGAUUCAACAGCCUUGCCCCCAGUCCCCCUGUACCGACUGAGAAGGUUCCCCUGUGGGAACAUUGGAUAUGGCUACCAGGAACCAAGCCUGCCACUGGACAGCAACCCCCCUCUACCCCAGCAAGGCACCUCUGUACCAUCCUCUGCAGGCCACCAGAGAGGGGCCCCCAUGCCAACUUCGAUGACCCUGGGCCGCACAGGCAUGUCUGAGGACAGCCGGCCACUGCUCGUUACCAUGGGGACAGUGCAGGACACAAGGCUGCCCAGGAUGGAGGGCCACAAUGCCACUGUGCUUUAGCCCUGAGGCAUGAAUGUCCCUCAGUUUUGGUUCUUUUUAAUCUCAUGAUAGAACCCCUCUCUAAAAUGGGCCUUUCACAGGACACUAUCCUGGAGACCUUAAGCACAUAAAAAAAGCUUUGAGAGGUGGAAAAAGAAGAAAAUACAGAGUAAAAGAAUUUUAAGUCUUAAAAAUGUAUUUUUUCAAUGCAGAGAGUAAACCAAGAAAUCGUGUGAAGAGUUUGACUUCCUGUAUGUGUGUGGACAGAAGGACUUUAGGACGGACACUCUUUAUUUUACCAGCCGGAUACGUUUAAGGCAAGUUUUGGUGGCCCGUUGCCGCAGGAAGAAUUGCAGAACCAGAACCAUGGGGAGCACAGUACAGUCAAGGACUUAUCAGAAUAUUUUUCAAAUAUCAGAGACUGGAUUACCAGACAAAUUUAUACUGGUAAAAACAAAAUCAACAAAAAAAAAAAAACACUGGAGGAUUUGAAAAAAAAAAAGUGUUGAUGUCUUGCUUGCCUGCUUGUUUAUUUAUAAAUUCAUUUAUUUAUUAUUUGAAGGUGGCAGUAUAAUUUAUUGAUGAACACCUUUUCAAAUCCAACACAUCUAUUUUAGUUGUUUUUUUGGUUUGUUUUAUUUGCUUUCAUAUAUUUUAUCAGUGCAGAGCAAAAACAUACCCCCCACCCCCCUAAAAAUGUAACUCAGGUUACAAGAUUUGUUCUUUAAGGUGGAUUUAAAGAACAAGAAGCAGAUCUUCAGGAGUUCCACUCACAUCUCUUAGAAACUUCACUGCUAAUCUGUUAAAUAUUUGUUUUUUCUCUACAUAUUGAACCCAUUGUUGUUGAUGGAUUGAUCUUGUACUCUUAAUUUAAUCUCAGAUUUGUAUAUUUUAUCCCUUAUUCUAUCCCAGGAGACUGUUGUGGAAAAUGAAGGCGUGAAAAUGUAGCUUUUUGCUUCACAUGUGGACAAAACCCCAGUUUCGCUUCUAUUACUCCGUCUGCUUCUCUCUGUUCUGAUUGGUUAUCGAUAUUGAAGUGAAAGACUAUUUUUAAUGCCUUUGCUUUGACGGUAUUUGGGCACAGGUCAGUCCACGAGCUGUCACCACGCUCUGUAUUUAAAGUUUUCUAUUGGCUUCUGAGUUACUUUGCCUCGUCUCCAGUGCCGCUGUUGAACCACUUUCACUCUGUGUUCCUCUUUUCACGGCUCACCUGUCGUUUGAUGUAGAAAACCCAACCGCAAAUGUAAAUGUUGUAGAAUUAUAAAGUAUUGUACUCUGGCUCUGGUAAAAGCUGUACAUUGCCCCUUCAGAAAACA